AGUUCUCAAUAACCUGUGAGUUAAAAAGAGUUACAGUUCAGGGGGAAAAUGUUAAGCCGCAGAGCAGCCAUCUAUCUCCAGAACUUCACCAAACCUAGGUUUACUUAUGCAUUCUGGGUUUCAAAAAGACAAAAAACAACACAAAUAAUUGAUCAGGAUGAUUUGCCAGCAACUAGUGCCGCCCUUCUGAGAAGUGAUUUAAAUAGGGUAAUUAGGAUUUUAUUAUUUCAUUUUUAAUACUCAUUUUUUUAAUGUCAUAGGUCAUUUUCAGCAAUACACUAUCAUUGUAAUCUGGGAUUAAUAUUCCCUUAUAUUAUUUAUUAAGAGUCCACAAAUUAUUUUUAAUUAUACAAAACAAAUCAGGAUUAGUAAUAAUUCCAAAAGAAAUCUAAACUAAAUUUAAAUUCCAUUUUAUUUUCUAUACAGGUGAAAAGAAUAGUGAUCAAGUUAGGAAGUGCUGUUAUCACCCGGGAAGAUGAAUGUGGAUUGUCUCUGGGAAGAUUGGGAUCAAUUGUUGAGCAGGUUAAGUUUUUAAAAAAAUAAUGUUAAUGUUAUCUGCUAAGAAUAAACCCACAUUCUAUGAAAUGAUCUCCAAGAUCAUCCUUUGAAUAAUUUAAAAUUGUUUAAAAAUCAACUUGAUAGAAAUCCAUAACUUUUAAAAUGUUUUUGAACAUUUAGACUUCUGCAGAAGUCUGUUGAAUCCAAACAAAAUAAUUUAACAAUAGCCAAGAAAUGUUCUGUUGAUAAAAAUUGUAUCAAUGUAGGUGGCUGAGCUACAAAACCAGGGAAGGGAAAUGAUUAUUGUAACAAGUGGAGCCGUGGCUUUUGGCAAACAAAAGCUCCGCCAGGAAGCUGUUUUAUCUAUGAGUAUGAGGCAGAAUUUAAAUAAUGUUGAAAGUGGGGUAAGCAAACUUAUCUUCGUUUUUUAUAUUACUCUGUAUCAAUUUAUUUUAUUUUUAAUGUACUUGCAACUUUCUUGCACUUCUAGUUAUAUUGGAAAACAAGUAAUACUUUUGUUUCUCAAGCUUUGAGGUAAAAAUCAGCAUACCUGGUUUUGCAUUUUAUACAGUGCUUUUAUUACUGAUAGUAAUAGAUACCAUAAUUGUACAUUUUUUAAAAGGAGCAACUUUUCGAAUAACUAAAAGAUUAUAGAUUGUGAGUUCUUACUUGAUCAAUAGUUACACUAUUGGUUAAACUGCUAUUCUUUUGACUUAUUUAUUAUAAAUUCUGUAUCACAAUUCUGAAAUAAAUUCUUCAUACUUAAAAAAUAUUCCAUGUUAAACCUAGGAUAUUUUUUACUGAUUAGAAUAAAGCCAUCUGUUUUUAAGCAUGCAGUCUUUAGCUAUUUUGUAUUGUGCACAGGUAAGCCAAUUACUAUAAGGUAAAAUGGUAAAGUCUUGCUUAUUAGAUAUUUUGAGAGUAUCUAAUUAUAGUUUAAAAUAAAUGUAUUUAUUGAACAGUAUAAAAACUAUUGCUUGUGAGAAGUAUUUUUUUUUUUUAAGGCGCUGGUAUUUUCUGUUAUUCCUCACUCCAUCAUCACUUAUAUUUUGGCUAUCUGAGAUUUAUCUUAAAUUGAUCAACAUUUUCAUUUUUAUUGAUCUAGUAAAAGAAUAGCAUAAUUUGAAUCUCUAUGUAAGAAGAUGCUAGCUGGAAUUGAAAUUGGUAGCAAGAAAUUAACUGUAAAUAUAGUAAAAUGCUUGCAAGAUCAUAAUUAUAUUGUUGUUUUUAAAUGUUAGGAGUAUUGGCAUUAAAAUCCUGGUUUUAAAUUUCUUAUGGUUCACCAUCUAUUUGACUAUUUGUGCCCCUUUGAAAGCUGUGGCUAUAUUCUCAACAGACCAAUUCUAUGACAGCAGCUCAGGUAAAAGAUAGAGAGACAAAAAUGCAGUACUAAUGCCACUAGCACAUAGAACACUUUAUUUUGUAGCUAUCCUGUGCAGAUAAAACUUUAUAGUGCUACUUGUUGCAUGCACAACUGAAGUUUUUUGCUGAGCAAAUACAUUUCCUUCUGGUAUUUUGUCAUCACACAAUUGUUGUUGCUUAUUAUAAACUGCUUUUUGAAAUAAGAAUAUAUUUAUUUGUCUUUUGUUGAAUUGAAAAAUAAUGUUUAAAGUUGACAACAAUUAGUAUAGUUACACUAUUGCAGAUGAGGCUUAGAGAGAAGAUAAAGGGAAAGGCAAGGCAAAGCUUUUCUUUUCCCAUUAAUUGCUUUUUGUUUUAUUUUGAUUUUCUAGUGCCAAAUUUUAUCUUUUUACAAUGUUUAGUAGUGCCCAUGUUUUGUUACCAAUCCCUCACUAUUCCUCAGUUUUUUUUUUCAUAAGGUUUGCUAAAGGUAUAUCUUUUCUUAUUAAAAUAAACAGCAAAGUGCUUGGAGUAAGGUAAUUAUACUAAUGGCAAUGUAGCCAUCUUCUCACAUAGCAUGUAUUGCAUUUUAUGAAAUUAUCAAAAAAGGUUGUUGUUUUAAAAGCUUUUUCAGAUAGCAGAUAAACGUAGCUUAACAUUAGAAUAAAAGAAAACACAACUUCUUCAAUGCACACACACUCUUGUAUUUGUUUGGUAGAGUAUUAGUCAUAGAAAAGAUAAAAAAAAGAAUAUUUAAAAUACAGUAUAUGUGUAUUCGUGUUUGUUUGGAAUGUUGCCCUCAUAUCUGCACCAUUGGUAAUGCUUGAUUUCUUUUACCUAGUGUCAAUUAGAACUAAUAAAUACAACAGAAAGGGUUCUAUAAAUUGAUCAUGUUCCUGUCAAACAAUUUCAUAUCUGUUAAAUAGGUAUAUCUAGCUGUCCUAAGUGCAGAGAAAUGGUCUUAGAUGUUUUCCAGUGAAAGAAAUUUCCUUUUAAUAAGUUUUUGUCUUUGGAAGAACCCUUUUUGUAAUUAGAAACAAUGAGAUCAAGAGCUUGAUACUAACAUGGGUUUUAUGAAUGGACAUUUUUUUGUUAUAGCUUAGUUAGAGAUGAUAUUAGUUUGGCAUGCUUUAAAGUUGUUUACACUUAUUUAUUUCUUAUCUGGUUAUCCUACUUUUAUUUCUGGAGUACCCUCUUUAGGAGUUUUGGGGACAGAGAUCUCUGUCUUCAGAUUUAAGUUUUCUUAUCACUAUCAUAUUGGGUCUCCGUGGGAACUUGGUAUUUAAAUAACUAGUAUUUUAAUAGAUAUUUAAAGCUAAACUCAUGCUAUACAAUAAAAAAAAAUUUACCAUGCUCAUUCCUUUUAUGAGAAGGCUUAAGAAACAUUAAUAAUCAAUAUUUUGGAAGAAUGUUCAUUGAUUUCAAUGUUAGUAUGAACACUUGGACUAUCCUCAUACUUUGAAUGAAAUGCUGAGAAGUGUUUCAGUUUAGAUAUGUAUUAGGUUUUAAAUAUUUUAUACGAAAGUCUUUUUUUUUUAUCCUUGAUCACUAUAAAAAUUAAAUUAUCAGUAUUAUUAAACAUGUUUUGGAAGUGAUCUGUAGUUAUGGAACUCUUAGCCCCAAAACCAUAACCACAAGUUAGUAGGUUUCUCAACCAUAACCACAAGUUAGUAGGUUUCUCAACCAUAACUAAAUGAAACAGCUUGAACAUAUGAAUUAGGAGAUACUUUUGAAAACUUGAUGGUGUUUGCAUAAUAUAUAUUACAAUUUGUGGCUUGUAUCUAUUUAUGUCAAUUACUGUAGAGUCUGCUUUACAGUUUUCUAUGAGUGGUUUGUGAACUAUCCUCUCUGGUAAUAGCAUUUUUUAUAAUAAAUACAUUCCAAUUCAUUAUUCUAUGUAAUAAUAAUAAUCGAUAAUAUUUAAACAGAUAUACAAGGCUAAGUAUACAAAAAAACAUAUCACUAAGAGUCACCAAGCCUUCAGAUUAUAGUAAUAAAAAUAAUUCAAUACAAUGAGCAACAGAUGUGUUUCUCUCUUUUAAGUAUUGAUUUAAUUUUAUUUUCAGACAAGAGAUUUAAUCAAAUGGCCUAGAUACUAGAUACAGUAAAAGAAAUAUAAUUGAUAAAACUAAGAAAGUAUAUAACUUAUUAAAUUCAUAAUUUAAUUAUAUUCAAUUCAUAUACUUAAUGUAUCACUAUGAAACUCCAUCGCAGCUCUUUCAAUCAAUCACUUGCUUAGUUGUUCGUUUUUUUUUUACAUUUCGAGCUCUUCACUUCUUUAAUUUGUAUUGGGAAAGGUCUAUUAAAAAUAUCACUCUUUCUCAUUUCAAGAAAUGAUUUUUCCAAAGGUUAUUAAAAAAAAAAAAACAUUAAGAAAUUUACAAUUAUAAAUCCAUUUAUUUUUUUUUUGUUCAUUUAAAUAGUUUUUUGUUUUUUUUUUACAUUUCGAGAUCUUCACUUCUUUAAUUUGUUUUGGGAAAGGUUUAUUAAAAAUAUCACUCUUUUUCAUUUCAAAAAAUGAUUUUUCCAAAGGUUAUUAAAAAAAAAAAAACAUUAAGAAAUUUACAAUUAUAAAUCCAUUUAUUUUUUUUUUGGUCAUUUAAAUUGCCUAAUAGGACAUUUAACAAUUUUUACAAAAUUAUUUCUAAAGAGAGUUGUGAAAAACAUCAGGAUUCCUGAAAUAUGAGAAUGCAAUCAAAAUAUCUUAGAUCUAUAUAAAUUUAAUGUUUUUAGAAAGUCUUUCUAUGUUGUUUUUAAUUGAUGUGCAUUACAUUUUUUAAAAAUCUCUGGCUGUUGAAAGAUAUUCUUGAAGGAUUUGGUACUAUUCAAAGACACCUUAAUGGACAUAGGUUUAUGAACAUGUUUACUUUGUUCAAAAUUUUCCUUGCUCAAAUUUUGUUUUGUUUUUCUGUUCUUUUAAAAGUAUUUUUUUUCAGUGUGUUUUGUUAAAAUUUGGAAUUAUAGUUAUAGAAAAGAACUGCUACUGUUUAAAUUUGAUAAUGCUACCAUUUCCACUCAAUUUAGUAAAUUUUGUUACCCUGUUGAGUUCUUUAUAAGUGUGAACAAAGCACAAUGUGAGUAAUAAAAUAAGGGAAUCUAAAAAAACAAAUUAACAGUUAUUGGUUACAUAUUUUUAAAAGUUCUAUAAAAACAUUUAUUACACAGAUCCGUCCACCCUCUUUAGAACCACGAGCUUGUGCAGCCGCUGGACAAAGUGGUCUGAUGUCUCUUUAUGAUGCAAUGUUCCAUCAAUAUGGUGUCAAGACUGCACAGGUAUUAUCUGUUCAUUAAAAUAAUCUUAAUAUUGUCAAUAAUUUAAAACCAUUUUCUUUUUUAAAGUUAAAAACAAAUUGAUACUGCAUUAUUUUGAACAUUUAUAUUUUAUUCUCCUCAAAAUAAAUUUUUAAUUUAUUUUUUUUUAAACAGAUCCUUUUGACGAAACCAGACUUUCAAGAUGAGCAUAGUCGAGAGAAUCUCAGAGGAACAAUUAAUGAACUGUUAAAACUUAACAUCAUUCCCAUUGUAAAUGCUAAUGAUGCAGUUGCUCCCCCCCCAGAACCUGAUAUGGAUUUAGCUGGAGUAAGUGUGUGAAACAUUUAUGUGCACGUUUCAUUUCAAUAAUUGGAAAACAUUAUCCAUGGAUAAAUUUGUUCUCUCCCUUUUCUGUAAAUCUUCUCUUUCUCUCUCUCUCUCUCUCUCUCUCAACUGCUUUUAAUUAAAACACUGCCUUUUUGUUGGUAUCAUUCAAAUAGAUUACUCUGAGAAAGUAAUUUUUAUAGGAAUUGUUGAAUCUAAUUCCUUAUAAUUUCUAAUGUACUUUUUUGAGUAUUAUAAAGAAACAGCUACUUAGUGAAUACAAAAUAUAGAAGUCCCAAUCUUGCGUUAUUAAAUAUUUGUUUGUCAUCAAGGUGAUCAGUGUGAAGGACAAUGAUAGUCUUGCUGCCAGAUUGGCAUCAGAAAUGCAUGCUGAACUUUUGAUCAUUAUGAGUGAUGUGAAUGGGCUCUACACAGCUCCUCCAGGAAUGCCAGAGUCCAGACUUUUGCACACAUACUGUCCUGAAAUGGAUCAAGUAAUAAUUGCAGGCAAAUCAAGAGUUGGUACAGGAGGCAUGGAUUCAAAGGUCAAAAUUAAUGCUAUUUUGGCUGUUUGUGAGCAUUCAGAUGUUCUUCCAACAGUUAAAUUGAAUCAGAUUUAAUUUUGCAAGUUAAUAAAAUAUAUAUAUAUAAAAGUGAAAGUUUGUGGGUUUGUGUGUUUGUUCCACAAAGGCUUUUACAUGGAUUGAUGUAUCUUGACCAAACUUGGCACAAAAAUCCAUCAUUAUCCAGAAGAAACUUUUAGGGGUUAUGAACUUUUUAUAACAUUUCGUUUGGGGCCGGGGGCCCAAUAUGUCUUUUUUUCCUAUAUGAGCUAUAUAAAUAAAAUUACUAAAAAAUACUCUUACAAUGGACGGAUCUUAACCAAACUUAGAACGCUUACACUUGAUUAUCUACCUUCAAAUACCGAAAGGGUACUGAACUCAUAAUGUCCGUUCCUAGGGGGCCGGGGGCCCCAUUUCAUUUUUCUUUAUAUAAGCUUAUAAAUAUCAAUAGGCUUAGACAACACUAAAGGUUCUAUGUAAAUUGAUCAAUAUAAGCAUAGCAUAGUAGCCAUAGGCCUACACUUCAUCGUCCAUAUUGAAAUAUCGGUGGAUUUAAAACAGAACAUCCAAUCCAUGCAGGGACGAUCUAGAAUUUUCUAGAAAGUUCGAUAGUUUAAAAGGUGAUAUCUAUGGCAUUUUUAAACUCAUUCUAAUGGGACAAAUUUUAACUCUAUUAUUUACUUGAAUGAUUUUGAUUUAGCCCCCCCCCCCCCCCCCCCCCCCCACCCCCCCCCCCCCUUCUCAGAAAUAACUAAAUUGGUACAGUUAUGGAAUGGGGCCCCUUGAUUACCGGUACAGUAACAUAAAAGAAAAAGGAUUAUAAUUAUGGCAUUUGUUGAAGAUUUGUAUCGGAUUCAAAAAAUAAUUAGAAAAGUAGUUUUUACACAUGUUUCGAGCAGGCUAUUAAAUUUAGUUUAGAAUGUUCCUGAAAGUUCUAAAUUGUUACAAGGGAAUAUACAGUGGGAUCUAAGGUAUUAUUGAAAUUCGGGAUCAGGAUUCUACCAGAAAAUGGGAUCCCAUCGGGAUCCUAACCUUGAAGGAUCCAUCGGGAUCACACCGGGAAAUGGUCUUUGAAAAUUAUAAAUUCAGAACUAUUUUCCAUGUUUCUAUUAUAUGCGUUUUAAAAACUUGUAUUCAAAUUUGUGAAUAUAUCUAUAGGUCAAAGCUGCAACUUACGCUCUUGCAAGAAAUUGUUCUGUUGUUAUAUGUAAUGGUUGUGAAGAGCAUGCCAUCAUCAACAUUGUCAAAGGGAAAAAAGUUGGGACAUUCUUUACAAGAGCCCAGUCUAGGGGAACACCCAUUGAGCUCCAAGCUAAAUUAGGUGUGUUUGUUGUUUCUAUAGAUCUCUUUUCAAACAUUUAAACAUUUAUUUUUAUUUUUUUACGUUAUACAAAUUAUGUGUAGAAAAUAGCUUGAGAAAUAAGAUAAUUUUGGUGAUUUUAUGUUACCAGUUACAAAAAUUCUAUCAUCCAUUUAAAAAAUAAUGCUUUGAAAAUGAUCUUUGCAGAACAGUAAUUUGAUGAAAAUGACUUUAGAUCUUACAGCUAUAUUAUUCUGUUUUCACAUAUGGAGAUUUUUUAGAAAACAUUCUAUUGCAGUAAUAUUUUAAUGUUGUUUUAUUUUUUAAAGGAAAAAUGUUAUUACAAAAUUUCUUUGGCAGAGGGCAUAAAAGAUUAAUUGAAGAUCUUAAAAUAAAGUGGGAUUUUUUUAGCUUUUUAAAAUCACUGUUGUUUUGUUGUUUUUUUUAUACGCGGUUAAAAAAAAAAAAAAUUCCCAGUUGCUAUUUCAUUGAAAAAUGGAUCCACCUUGACACAUUCAAAAAAAGAUCUUAUUUGAUAUGGAAAUUACCAUGGUUAUUCUUAAAUUAAAUUUAUGGUUAGGAUUUAUAAAAUUGCCAAAACUGUACUCAACAAUCUUCUGUAUCCAGCACGUGAUGGAAGUAGAAGCUUGCAAGCCUUAUCAGGCCAACAUCGCACAGCCAUAGUGAACAGACUAGCUGAUUUGUUAUUGGAGCGCAAGUCUGACAUUUUAGCUGCUAAUCAACAAGAUGUUCAGGAGGCGUUUUCAACAGGUAAUGAAAUUCAUUAAUUUUUAAAUUUUGUUUAACCCUUUACAGUCCAAUGCACCGAUUUUUUCCUUAAGCCUACAGUCCGUUGCGGCCAAACCCGCCCGCUUCGAGGUUGUUUACUUUCAAUCUUAGGACAGCGGAAAUCCAUUGCGCAUUUCUAUUUAUAGUUCUACCCAAAGAAAGCCUCGUUGUUGGCAUUUAUUUUGAUACUAAUUUGACCGCUGUGUGUUUUUCUACAAUUUUUUUUAUGUUGCGAUUUUUGCUGUAAAAAAUGGCUUUUCAAGCCUUGGAUACAAUUUUGAAAGAACUUAGGCCUAAGGAAGCUUCACUAUUCCAUAAAUCUAGCAGCGAUAGUGAAGAAUCUGAUAGAGACAUUAAUUUAAAUGAUGCUAUUAAUAAUAGUGAUUCAGGUGAAGAAGAUAAUAGUAAUAAUAGAGACAUUGAUGACAACGGACCUAUCAAUUCCACUCCAACUGAUCAGCAAGAUCAUGAGUGGUCUGGGAAUUUUUCUCAAAUCAAAGUGGGAGGGUCCCCGAAACUGUUUUUUUGGUGCAACUUUUGCUUUAAUCAUUUCUUUGUAUUUAGGUAUUUUUCAUUUUCUUUUCUUGCUUAUUUUCUGUAAAUUAGUUAGAAACAGAACCUUCAUUUAAAAUGGAGUUAUGUCCCUUUGCUUGGUCGCUGGGCGUAGACAAGGCUGAAUAGGCUUGGACUGUAAAGGGUUAAUGUAUGCUUAUUUUAUUGUACUCUUAUUAAAGAAAUUACGCAGAUUUUUUAAAGAAAAUAUUUCACCAAUCAUUCUCAAACCAUGGUACAUUGUUCCAGGUGAUUCAUUGAUGUGUAACAAAAACAGUAAAGAUUUCUAAUCUAUUCGCAAAAUAUGCACAUUCUAAUACAUGAAUUUUUAGCAGAUUAUUUAACUAUUACGAUAUUCCAAAAUGUCUGUUUUACGCAAUAUGCUAAUUUGCUGAUUUUUAAAAUUGUCUUUUGUAGUUCUAAAUUUAAGUGUUUGUUUUAUAGCAUUCCUACAUGUGUACUUUGAAAUUUUGUAAUGGUUUCUUUACACAAUCAGUAUCUGCUCAAGAAUACAGCUCUGGUAUCUGCCUACUGUGUGGUUUUUGCUUGCAGAAUUUGUCAAAAAUUGUGUGCACUUUUUUAUAAACUGUCAAGCUUUCUCUUUACUAAAGUAAUUUGUUUAAUGAAACUAAAAUUAACUCCUAAAAGGUGACCUGCUAUUUAUAUGAGUUACAUUAAAAAAAUCUUGCGUGGCAUCGAAAUCCCAUGUUUUUUACCAUUACAAUGGUAUGAAAUAAUCUGUCAUAUCACUAAUACUACUUAGAUAUGUAAUCAUCUCAGAGAUCAUCUAACAUCAUACAACAGUUAUCAGUGGCUUAGCAAUAAUUAGAUUGUUUGUGAAACACUUGAUGGUGUUUAGCAUAGAUCUAUUUGGAUAGAAGCAUAAGCACUUUACAUUAGUCACUUGUUUGAAGGCAACAUUGUUUUUCUUUUCUUGAUGAUUUGAAAAGGUUAUUUGAUCCCUUGCAUUGUGUUAUCUUUAAAAAAAGAAUUGUUGUAUGUUCAAAGGGCGUGUGUGUAAUGAUGUGUUUUUUUCUCCAUUAUUCUUGUGCAUGUAUACAGAUUGCUGUUAGAGAUACAUGGCAGUGAUAAACUUCAGUGAGGUUUAGAUUAUUUUCAUUCUGGAUUCCAUUUAUUGUUCAGUUAAUUGUUUUUUUAUUCAAUUUUUUUAUUUAUUUGUGUGUGUGUUAGUAAUGUGAAUGCAUUGGAAUGAAAAAUCAUAUGUAUUAAUCUAAAAUAAACCAUUGCAUUAAUUAAAGUACAAUUCUUGUUGUAACAAACUUGAGCCUCAACUAAAAACUUGGAGAGUUGUUUCUUAAAUUUUUUGUACAUAUAUACAUUUUAAUUUAAUUGUGGAAAUAAAUUAGUUAAACUGAUCACUUUUAUGGGUCCUGGUGGUGGGUCUGGUUUAAGUGUAUCUUAUGCUGAAAGAAACAGAUUCAAGUCUUUUUCUAGCUAUUUCUAAUUUCUUUAAGAGUGAAGAUUCAAAAUUAAAAUCACUCUAAAGUCAGAUAUUGAAAAAUGGGGAAAAUUCUUUAUUUUAGAUCCUGAGACAAACAGCCUCAACAUAUUUUGGUCUCUUCUUGAAAUGAAUGCAGAACAAUUUUACUUAUUCCUUUAAAAUUUUUCCCCCAUAGGAAUGCAGCAGUCAGAGAUGGCCCGCCUAUAUCUCAGUGAACAGAAACUGGAAACUCUGGCAACUGGACUACGGCAGAUAGGAGUUGACUCCCUUAAUGCAUUAGGAAAAGUUGUUCAGAAAACACGCCUGGCUGAAGAUUUGGAGCUGGAGAAGAUCACUGUGCCUAUUGGUGUUUUGCUUGUUAUUUUUGAGUCCCGCCCAGAUGCACUGCCGCAGGUGAUUAUAAUAACUCAUUGUUUUGGGGUUAAUCUGGUAGAAAGAAAAAUUAAAUGCAAAUUGUUUUUUUUUUUUUAAUUUAAAUUUUACUGCAAAGUUUAAGAAUUUUUAUUUUUAGGUUGCAGCUCUUUCGAUUUGUAGCGGCAACGGUCUUUUACUGAAAGGGGGCAAAGAAGCCAAGCACAGCAACAGAAUUCUAUUUUCUUUGGUCCAAGAAGCUUUGGAACCAUUUGCUCCAGUUGAUACAGUUGCCCUUGUGAGUAAUUUUAUAAAAGCCUUAAAAUAGUUUAAUUUAAUAUAACAUUUAUAAAUGCCACCGAAGAUAUGGAAGGUGAGGAAAAAGAAUCCUUUAAUGAGACACUUGAAAAGAUUUACCAAGAGGCACCACGACAUAUUAAAAUAGUGAUUGAGGAUUUUAAUGCCAAAAUAGGAAAAGAAAAAUUGUUCAUGCCAACUUUUGGCAAAGAAAGUCUGCAUGAAGAAUCUAAUAACAAUAGGAUGCGACUCAUAGACUUUGCUUCAGGAAAAGGGAUGUCAACAGCACCAAGUUUCAUCUCACAAAAAUACAUAAAGUUACUUGGAACUCACCAGAUGGAAUAACCUGCAACCAACUUGACCAUGCUCUAAUCAAUCAGAGGCCUGGAUCAGAUAUACUAGAUGUAAGAAGCUAUCAAGGAGCAGAUGCAGACUCUGACCAUCUACUUUUAAAGUUUAAAUAUAAGCAGAGAAUAAGCAUAAUUCACAAUGGCCAAAAUCAGAGAGAAAAACGAUAUGAUUACCAAAAACUUACCAAAGACCCACUUACUGCAAAAGCUUACCAAAAUGAAGUAGAAGCCCAACUAGAAGCAUCACAUGAGGAAAUAAACAGUGAAAACAACAUAAAUGAACAGUGGGAUAGGAUAAAUAAUGCUAUGAAAAGAUCAGUAGAAAAAGUAGUAGGAUUCCAGCAAACUAACAAUAAAGUAGGCUUGUUUGAUAAUGAAUGCAGAGAGUCUGUCGAAGAAAGGAACAAAGCACUAAUGACCAUGCUACAAAGGGAAAUCAGAAAGACAAGACAAACAUAUAAGGAAGCCAGAAGGAAAGCCACAAAAAUGUGUAGGAAGAAAAAGAAGGAAUGGGAAACAGCUAAGCUAAAAGAAAUAGAAGACUUACCAAGAGAGGGAAACAUCAGAGAAAUGUACAUGAAGAUAAAAGAUGAAAAGAAUGGAUACCAAGCCAGACCGCAAAUGUGUGAGAGCCAGGAUGGAGAAUUAAUUAUGGAAAAUAGUAUAGUAAAGUACUGGAGAAUAUUUUGAGGACAUACUAAAUGCAGACAAUAGACAAGAUAUAGAUAUCAACCACCACAUGGAAGACCAGACCCUUUAACUGAUUAACUACCAGAUUGAAAAAACCUGCUGUGGCCGAUUUAAAUCUAGGUCACAUUUUCUCAUUUUAGGUAUUUGUACAAAUUCAGCUGCAGUUUUAUUAAUUAUAAACAUAUUCUAAUGAUUAAUAAAUCAUUUUGUAGGUAAUUAAAUUGUCUAUAAGAUAAACUUAAAAUAUUUGUAAAGUUAUGUUUUGUAAGGAUAUUAUUAAUUGUAACUUUAGUAUUUACAACAGAAAAACAAUUUUUUUAAAUAUAUCAAUGUGCUAACUUACGUAUAAAUUUUUAAUUUCUAAAUCAUUUAAAGUCUUUUAUUUGGUGGUUUCCAAAUAGUAUAUCCAAUAAUAAGAAAAAUGCUCCAAAGAACACAGAAAUUGAAUAAUAUUUACACUUCCAAUUACUUUUAUGUCUCUUUAGUAACCAUGUAACUAGUUGCCAUGAUAAACAAGUAGUACAAUAUUGUAACUGGCAUGGAAAUUAAAUCAAAAUUAAUUAGCAGCCCAUUUUUUAAAACAUUCCGCAGAUAGCAUGCGGUUCGAAUAUAAACAUCCUGUCUGUAAAUAAAACUCUCAAAGCAAAACAGCAACGGAAAAAUAUAAAUAUUUGACUCGAUUUACUACGAUACAAACAUUGGCGCUACCAACGGCUCGUGGCCAUAGCGAAAGAAACUCUGAGCCGCUCCCACCAGCUCAUGGUAGUUAACCGGUUAAUAACCUCCCCAACUCUAGAAGAAACUAUAGAAGUAAUCAAUUAAAUGAAAAACCACAUAGCCCCGAGAGAAGACCUCAUAACAGCAAAACUUAUUAAAUAUGGAGGAAAAGAGCUACACAAUCAGACACAUAAACUUAUAACAAAAAUUUGACAAGAAGAGAAAAUUCCAACAGAAUGGGAAACAGCAUUAAUAACCCAAUACACAAGAAAAGCUCCAAACUUCAGAGGAAUUUCCCUAUUACAUGUUGCAUACAUAAUACUGAAAAAACUAAUUACCAAAAGACUAAAAUCGUACACUGAAGAAAUACUAGGUGACUACCAAUGUCAAUUCAGACAAAACAAAUCAAUGAUUGAUCAGAUUAUUGCCAUCAGAUGCCUAUCUAUUAGAGAAAUGUUACGAAUAUAAUAAUCCCAGUACAUCCACUCUAUGUGGACUAUAAAAUGUCUUAUGACAGCAUCAAAAUAAAAUGCCUAUAUGAGACUCUGCAGUGGUUUGAAAUGCCCAACAAUUUGACAAGACUGAUACACGUAACAUUAAACAACUCAAGAAGCAAAAUCAAGGUUCACCCAAGAUCCACAACCAAUGGGCACUCUCUACAAUCAACCCCUUCAGUAUCUUGCAUAUGCUGAUGACAUUGCACUGUUAGGGAAAAGUAGUAAAGACAUCAAAAUCAUUUAUUGAAUUAGAACAGGGGUCACCAAACUACUGGCCGGAACCAGCACCGGCCCGCUACAUUAGUUCAUCAGGCCCGCCGACGGUACUUCAAUUUGUUUGAUAAAACAUAUGGAACACGAGACGUUGUGAUACAUUUUAAAUUUAAGUAUUAUGUUUAGAAUUAGAAUACUAGGAGUAUUUGUUCUAGCUUGCUAGUAUUAUACAGAAUGAUUAUGCGGCCUGUGCUGGUCAUUUUGUCAGUUAUUCAGUCCAUUGUGAAAAAAGUUUGGUGACCCCUGAAUUAGAAGAUGCAUCACUACAAGCAGGACUGGAAGUUAACCAAAAGACAAAAUUCAUGACUUGAUAAGAAAGGCAGAUGAAGCCAUUAAAAUUAGAAACCAGACUUUUGAAAAAGUGAAUCAAUUCAAAUGCCUAGGAUCUUUAAUAAAUGAAAGAAACAAAUAACUAACAAAGAUGAGAGAAAGAAUAUAUUACAGGGGAUACUUCAGUAGUCAGAAAAUAAUAAAAAAUAAAAACAUUACAAGAAAAACAAAGAAUACUUUUUAUAACACUGUCAUUAGUCCAAUUGUAACAUUUGCAAGUAAAACUUGGACCUAAACAAAAACGGCAGAAAACCUAUUAAGCAAAAGGGAGAGAAUAGUUAUCCGGAAAAUAUAUGGACCAACAAAGGAUGAAUAUGGAUGGAAAAUACAAACCGAGGAAUUGUACAGUCUAUAUCAGGAUCCCAUGCUAGAAGCAGGAAUAAAAAACAGGUAAGGCACUUAGAAAUAAUGCCAAUUGACAGAGGAGGAAAAUGGCUCAAAGGCAAACCUAAGCUUAGAUGGAUGGAUGAUGUGGAAAAAGAUCUACAGCAGCUGAGAAUUCAAGCAUGGAAAAGAAAUGCAUUAGUUAGGUCUGUGUUGAAGGAAGUAGUGAGGCAUGCCAAAGCCGUAUAUGGGCUGUAGGGCCACAGGGAUCUUCUCUUAUGCCUUUUUACCCCGUCUGGGACAUAGGCCGCCCACAAAAAUGUUCCAGUCAUCACACUCCAGUGCUUUCCUUUCCAAUUGCUUCCAGGUGUAUCCCAUAUUUUGCAUUUCUGUUUCUAGCUCGCGCCUCUAUGUAUGAUUAGGCCUUCCUCUCUUUCUUUUUCCCUGUUAGGCAUUGUCUGGUGAUGCUAUCUGGGGUUUUUGGAGAGUAUACUCUAUCCACCUCCAUCCUUUCUUUAUGAUGUCUUCAUCAAUGGAACCUGGUGUAUCAUUUCUGGCAGAUCUUUUUUGGUGAUAGUAUUUGGCUAUUUGAUGUUCAGGAUCUUUCUAAGGCAUAUGUUUAUGAAGGUCUACACUUUAUGCGUAAUGCUCGUUGUUGUUUUCCAAGUUUCUGCUCCAUGUAGUAGGACUGUUCUUGACAUUUGUGUUAAAGAUUCUGACUUUGAAUCCAAUAUUUUCUUUAAUAGCACAAAUGCUGAUCUAGCUUUUCCAAUUCUAGCCCUUAUGUCUGCAUCAGAUCCGAUGCCACAGAGAUAGAUUGCAUAAAAUAGUUGGUUUACAUUAGUAAUGAAUGAUGAGUUAAUGAAUCACUAUUACAUUGCAGAAUUAUUUACUUACCUGAGUUGAGCUGUUGUUGAAAACCUCAUUUGCAUAUUUUGUGUACUUAUAUCAUGUUUUUUCCUUAAUUAUUUUUUUUUAGGUCAGUCGGAGAGAAGAUAUUGCAGAUCUCCUACAACUUAACCAAUAUAUUGAUUUGGUUGUUCCCCGAGGUUCUCAAGAUUUGGUUAAUCGCAUUCAGCAAUUGUCUCAAGGAAUCCCAGUGCUUGGUCACAGUGAAGGCAUUUGCCAUGUCUUUGUUGACCAGGAUGUAGACCCAGAAAUGGCCUUGCAAAUUGGUAAGUCGUACAAUUGUCAAGGUCAUUUUUGUAAUAUUGAAACUUAAAAAAGAAUUAUAAUUAUUUUUCCUUGUAACAGAGUGUUAAAGCUUUAAUUUGAUAUUUGCCUAAUGCCAACUCUUUCAAAAAAUAAAUUUUCUAUGGUUGUCUUGAUGGUCUUCUCAUAAUGCAUUACUCACACAAAUAUUGAAACAAAAGAGUUUUAUUUUAAUUUACUAAUGUAAGGCCAGUGUAGUAUAGGUCUGGAAAAAAUUGGGGAUGACUGGUGUAGAAGAUGUGGAUAAGUAGAGUUAUAUAUGACGAGAGAGAGUUGGGUAGAUCAGGUUGAGGGCGUGUGAGUGAGGAGGGGUUGGAGUUGACAAUGGUGUGAUGAGGCAGAGAAGGGGGUGAGACCUUGGGAGAUGCAGGGAGGGUGGGGGGAGUGAGGACAGACUGUCAUCGUAUCAUAUAUAAAAGUGAAAGUUUGUUUGUGGAUUUGUUUCACAUACAUUUUUACAUGGAUUGAUGGAUCUUGACCAAACUUGGCACAUAUAUUCAUCAAGAACUCUAAGGGGUUAUGAACUUUUUAUAACAUUCCGUUUGAGGCCUGGGGCCGAUUUUUUUUUUUCUUAUAUGAGCUAUAUAAAUAAAAUUGACAACGAAUACUCCUACACGAAUAGAUGGAUCUUGACCAAACUUAGUACACAUACACUUGAUUAGCUAUAUUCAAAUACUGAAGGGUACUGAACUCAUAAUAUCCAAAUAUCCAUCCCUCUGGGCCGGGGGCCGAUUUCAUUUUCCUUACAUAAGCUUUAUUAAUAUUAAUAGGCCUAAGCAACACUAUAGGUUCUAUAUGAAUUUAUGAAUAUCGGCCUAGCUUGGUAGCAAUACACUUCCAUACUGAAAUAUCGGUGGAUUUAAAAUGAAUAUUAUCCAAUCCAUUCAGGCCCAGGGAGACUUUUCCAGAAAGUUCCAUAAUUUAAAAAAGCUAUAUCUAUGGUAAUUUUCAACUGAUUUUAAUGUGAAAACUUUAACAUUUUAACUUUAUUAUUUAUCUGACUGAUUUUUAUAGGGUUAACAAAUUCGGUACAAUUAUGGAAUCAGCCCACGCAGUGUUCCCUCUUUCAAAUUAAUUGUACUAUAGUUAUAGUAAUGAAUUUAGUUGUAGAAUUUUUCUUAUUAAAAAAAUAAUAACUUAGAAAAGUCAUUUUUUACACCUUUUGAGGAGGAGAUUAAUUUUAAUCUAGAAUGUUCAAGAAAGUUCUAUAUUGUUUAGUUUUAUACUUUCAUGGGUAUUUUCUUUAAACAGACCCUUCAUAAUCCUACCGGGAACAAAAUCCCAAUAGGAACAUGAUCCCAAUGAGGAAGAUGAUCCUAAAGUUGAAUGAGUAAACAGGAACCCACCGGUAACACGAUCCCAUCGAGUGAUAGAUCAAAUAGGGAUCCUAUCGACAAACAGGAUCCCAUCUGAGAAGAGGAUCCCCCCGGGAAAUGGGAUCCUAACGGAAUCGGGAUCUCACCAAAAAAUGGGGAAAAUUAGAAAAUGGUGACCUACUUGUGUAAUGGGAUCGGUAUCCCAAUGGGGUCAGGAUCAGAAUUAAAUCCCAUUUGGAAAUGAGGUCUGGCCAAUGGGAUCCCAAUCUGGAUCCAAAUGGGGUUGGGAUCCCAUUUGGAAACAGGAUCCCGAUCGGGAUCCCAUAUGGGGUCGAGAUCCCAAUGGGAAUGGGAUCGGGAUUCCAAUAAGAACUGGAUCCCAUUGGAAAAUGGUAUCCUACUUGGAAAUGGAUCUUGUCGGGGGAAAAAAGUUUUACAAAAGUUAUUUUAAAUGUGAUUUUAUAGGAGACAAAUUAAUUCUUUUAUUUUUCUUUACUAUAGGGUUUUUUGUUGUUGUUUUUUUACUUGCCGCUUAAUUUCGACGUUAUUUAAAAGGCUGUCGAAGUUGUUGUUUUCCCAAAUGCAAUCCCGUGCAACGCCGGGUAUAUUGGAAGUAUGAAAUAAAUGAUGGUUGCGUAUGAACAUUACUAAUUGAUAAUGUUUUCCUAUCAAUGUUUUCCUAACACAUUUAGUGAAAGACUCCAAGUGUGAUUAUCCAGCUGCUUGUAAUAGCAUGGAAACACUGUUAAUUCACCGAUCCCAUAGAGAAGGACCACUCUUUGACAAAAUGUGUGAGAUGCUUAGACUCCAAGGGGUAAGCAUAAGACUUGAGAAGAAAAAAAUACUUUCUUUUAGACAUUGGUUAAUAUUUAUUUACCCAUUGCAAGGCAGUUACUUUUAUUACUUAUAAUCAUUCACUAAUUAUUUUUAGACAGAUUUUCUGUAAUUAAAAUUGUGCAAUAGUAAAUAUAGAUGUAACAGUAAAACUUCAACCGAUCUUCUACUUUUUCCUGCAGGUGAAAAUUCAUGCCGGACCUAAGUUAGGCCAACUACUCAAAUUCGGCCCAUCUCUGGCAGCUUCUAUGCGCACUGAAUAUAGUUCACUCGAGUGUGCAGUUGAGAUUGUUGAUGAUUUAGAUGAUGCAAUCAAUCACAUCAACAAAUAUGGCAGUUCCCAUACUGAUGCUAUUGUCACAAACAAUGGUAACUCACAACUUUAAAUAAAUAUUGUGUGUUGGUCUCUGAAGAGUAAUAUUUCCUUUAUUUUUUUUACCUUUAAUUGAUUUUCUGUUGUAUAUUUUCUUUAAAAUGUAUUUUAAAAUACAUAAAUUCUUUUAAUGUUUUCAUUUCUAGAUGAAAAUGGGGAGAGAUUCCUAAAAAUGGUUGAUAGUGCUUGUGUGUUCAAGAAUGCUAGUACUAGGUUUGCUGAUGGAUACAGAUUUGGACUAGGUAAUGCAUACUUACCAUCUUGGCAAAACUUUUAUUAGUUGAGUGUAUAAAAACAAAAAGAAGAAAAGAAAAAAAAUCUAAAAGAAUUGCUUUUAAAAAUUAAUGUUAAAAAAGAUUAAUCUUUCCUUUACAUUAAAACAAAAAUAAUAACAUUCCUUAGCUCCUUAAUUUUUUUUAAAGUUUACAGUUUAAAUGUUUUAUAUUUUGCAGGGGCUGAGGUAGGUGUCAGUACUUCUCGCAUCCAUGCGCGUGGUCCAGUUGGCUUGGAAGGACUUCUCACACACAAGUGGCUAUUGUCAGGUUCUGGUCAAAUAGUGGCUGACUUCACUGCAGGAAAAAGCAAAUUUAUCCACAAGAAAUUACCAAUCCCAGACAAAUCCUAUGGUGACUCAUGAUGCACAAGAUGAGACUAAAAGUUAGCUAUCUGAAUAAGUGAAUGAAUCGGAACAGAUUCUCUUUGAAUGAUUUAAUUAGUUAUGCUGUAAAUAGACACAAUUAAUGUCAUUCGAUAUUCUGUUUGAAGUGAUACUGAAUAUUGAAAUGGCUUAAAAAAUAAACUUUAUUAUAUGAGACAAUGUACAUAUUUCAAACUUAAUUGAACAUUUCAUUAAAUGAAAUUGGAUUCUGGAAGCCAUUUAAAGGCAUGUUUAUUUUUUGCUUUAUUUCCUAUUUUUUAAUUUAAUGAAUUACACUAUGUAUAAUAUUUUUUUUUCUAAUACAGCCAAGGGAUUAGUGUUCAUCUUUUAAUAUUUAUUAUUGUUACUUUCAGAAAUAUAUAUAUAUUUGAGUCAAUGUGAUUUAAUCUAAGCACUAUUACAUAAACCAAGCAUGUGCAAAGAGAUUCCCACCCUGCCAGUUACAUAUGCUCUCCACAUGUUUCAUCCUUCCUGUGAAAAUAUAACACUAUCAGGCCAGAUAACUUUUCCUAUUAAAAUUAUUUUUGAUAGAUAACUUCAUUACUAAGUUGAUGAAAUGAUAUACUGAAAAGUUGUCAUUAAGUUCUUACUCUUACACAAUUGAAAAAGUUUAUGAUGUAAUCUUGUUACAUAGUGGAAAAAAAAUUCAUUUCUCAGGCCCACAAAAAUCAUUUUAAACUUGCUGCCUACCAAGAAUAUAACCUUAAACAAGACAUUUUAGCAUUGGACCAAAAAAACUUUGCACAUCUUUGAUACAGAACUAUGUGCAAAAAAAAUGUACUUUGGGAAAUGUACUUUAGUUUUUGGGAAAUUUUUUCUUUUGUUCAAACUAUUUCUUUUGCGUUAAAAUUCAGCAAGUCUUGCCUGCAAUAAAUUAUAUGAUUCAUAUACCAUUUUGAAUCUUUGCAACAAAGGAUUUUUUAAAUUAAUCAUAAUAUAGUAAGGACUGCAUUCAAGCCAUGUGAAAUAAAUAAAUAGUAGAACUAGAUAAUGUUUUGGCUUGAAAAGAAAAGAGAGGAUAAUUAAACAAACAUAAACGUUUAAUUGUCCUGUCUUUUAUUUUCAAGCCUAAAUGUAAAAGCUUUUUCCACUAUUUAUUUACAUUAAUCAGUGUGAUAAAGGGUAAAAAACAGUAAACCAAGAUCACAAAAUAAUUGAUUAACAUAAUGAUAUUGUAAACCCUUUUUUGUAACAAUGUUUUUACCAUAUAUUUUUCAUGUGUAUGAUUGCAAUUCAAUUACAGAAUUUUUACUUUCAACCAAAUAAAAACAAAUAUACAGAAAAGUAUAUUGAUUGAUACCCAAUAGAUUAAAGUCUGUUCUGUGUGACAAGAGGUUUUAUCUAUAUAAUAUAUUUAUGGGUGGCCCACAAUUACAAACUCUGCCAUAGGAGAAGUACCAUGAUUAAAUUUAUUACAAGCACUGCACUGUGAUGGAGACAGUUACAGGAAAUUUGAUCGAAAGAAAUUUCGUCGACGGUAAAUUGAUCGAAGGGAAAUUUAGUCGAAUUUUUUUUUUUUCAGUUAACACAUUAAAAUUUUCGUCAAAUUUCUUUUGAACGAAUUGUACUGUAUAGUUAAACAAAAUAAAAUUUGAAGCAACAUUUUAACGUAAAAACUGGGAAAAAAAGAUUUGACCAAAUUUCCUUUCGAUCAAAUUACCAUCGAUCAAUUUACCGUCUACAAACUACAAAAUUUCUUUCGAUCAAAUUUCCGGAUACGGAUGGAGACUUCAAGGUAUUAACAUCUGUGUACUAUCACAGCAUCUUGUUGGAAUAAGCAUUUACUCAAUAAACGUGUUUAGAAUGACAAAACAACUUUGUUAUGGGACAUCAGAUGUAAAUUUUAUAUAAAGGUAAAUUAGCCCCCUCCUCUCUUUCUCUCCUCCCCUCUCUCUUUCUCUCUCUAUCCCUCUCUCUCUCCCUCCCUCCCUCUCUUUUUUUUUUCUAGCUGACAGCACAAAGUUAACAAUAGGCUAAAAAUCAGGAACAUGUUUUAGACAUUUCUUGCUUAUUCUGGUCUCUUGGAAUUGUUAAUUGAAGAAAAAGUUUUAAAUGAUUUUAGUCAUAAAUUAGAUGAAACUUCUUGUUUUCAAUUUACAUUUUUUUUUUAAUGACUUUUCAAAGACUGCUUUGAGAUUUUAUAGUUGCAUGACUUUAAACUCUAUUUCAUUGGAUAAUUGCUGAAAAGGAAAUUCAUUGUGGUUCUUUAAUGUAUAUUUUUUUAAACUUCCAUGUGUCUUAACAAGCUGUGUUCAUCUGCCCUACAUACUGGUACAUAUUAAUAACUGUGCUCAUUUAGCUUAUAAUGAGGUCCUGGUUGUGAUUACUUCAUGCCAGAUAUCCAAGUGAGAUUAUCAUCUAUCAUACACCACCUUAAAAAUAUUUGAUUGUAGUUUAAAACUAUUUCAUAUUCUUUUCCUUCGCAAUCUAUUCUCAAAAUAUUAUCUGAUACUACUGAUAGAUUUGUUGCGCAAGAACAUUUUUUUUUCCACUUUAUAAAUGAACAAGAGCAUAUUUACCACGUCUCAGAUUAUGCUAGUACUUGUAUUUAUAGAUUUAAAAAAAACAAAUUCCUCGAUUUAAAAAUUAGAGUGUUUUUAAAAAAACUGUUGUAUUAUUAGUUUGCUUUUUCCCGUUGCUCCAAGUAGUUAGUACAAACAUGUAUUCAGUACAUCCAUUUAAGAUCAUUUAUAACAGUAAUUUAUUUUCUUUUGAUGUACUAUUACUGUAGGGGUAUCCAUUUUAAGUUAACUUGUUUAUAAACUAUUUUAAUAUCUUCAGACUGCGUAUUAUCUUGAGUAACAUUUUAUUAGAUUUUUGAUUAUGCAGGAUUAUGAUCUACUGCAACAUUCCUAUAUAGAUGUUGGUAUUAAACCUAUUUAAACAGCUAUUAUGCUACUUUUAUUUAAAUUUACUCUCAAGACAAAAAUAAUAAUUCUAAGUAGAUUUGGAAUUUUGUUAUUGGUAUUUUUAUUUUAAUUACUUAUGAUCAUGCAUAAUUUCCUGGAAAACCUCUUUUUAAAAGGAAUGCAAAAUUAUUAAUCCAACUAGAUCAGUGGUUCUCAACCUUCCUGGUGCCGCGACCCUUUAAUACAGUUUCUCGUGUCGUGGCGACCCCCAGUCACACAAUUAUUUUCGUUCCUACUUCAUAGCUGUAAGGAUAUGUGUUUUCAGAUGGUCUUAGGCGACCCCUGGAAAAGGGUCGCGCGACCCCUUUGGGGUCGCGACCCACAGGUUGAGAACCGCUGAACUAGAUGUUUCUGCUAUAAUAGCUUUUUUAUAGCAAUUAUUUUUAAAAUAUACAUUAAAUCUUUAUAUGCCAUCAUGAAGAUAUGUGGUCAUGUUGCCUUCUUAAUGCUUCUUGAAACCAAUUUUAUGUUGACUUUUUCUUAGAAUUAAGAUGAUAUUUAACUUAGUAAUUAUCAUCAGAUGUUGUAAAUUUAUCAGAUUGCUAUGCAUAGAAAAUAACAAAUAAAUAAACUUACUGAAGUUAUUUUUGAAAUAUUUUGUAAAUUUUUUAUUUUUGUUUUUUUUAAAUUUCAAAUUGGAGUGUUAUUCGAAUGUGGGUUUACCUGAAGAAAUCUAGAAAUCAGCUUUAAUUGUACCAGAUUUUAAUUGUUCCAUGGUUAGGUGAUGUGAAAAUAAUCUGAAGUAAUCUUGAUCAGUUUGGUCAGUACAUGCACAAGUAGGUUAGAGAGCUAAUCUCUGUGCCUUAAGGAUGACAAUGUGAGUAUGAUGAGAAUCCCACACAUUUUGUCUUUGCUGGUUCUUUGAUAAGUAACUUAACAUUUUAGAAAUACUGUUCCAUAUGUUAAAAACAGUAAUAUUAAAGGGA